UACAGCACAGCUUGAGAUUUUAUGCAAUUCAAGGCUUCAAGCUGUACCGGAUAAAAGCAAAACCAAUGAAACAAGGAGAUUUAGAAAUGGUCAGAGCAAAGGGAGAUAACAAUCGCCACCCACAGAAAGCUACAUAUAAAAACAUUCCUGGACAACAUGGAAUUACAAAUAAAAGAACAAUGGAAAGCUGAACAGAAAAUCUGAAGGAAAAUAGAAAAGGAGGGGGGAAAGCGCCAAGUGCCGAAAGCAAGCCAGCCAUUAUCUUAUCUGCAAUUCCCCCACUCUAUAUAAAAAGCCUCUCUCUCUCUAUACUCCGACGCACUGCACGCCAUUAGCCAUCAGCGCGCAGCAGCAAGCUAGCUCUCAGCUUCUCUCGCCUUCUCGAAGCUUCGGCCGCCAUGGCCAACCAGCUCACCGACGAGCAGAUCGCAGAGUUCAAGGAGGCCUUCAGCCUCUUCGACAAGGACGGCGACGGUUCCAUCACCACCAGGGAGCUCGGCACCGUGAUGCGUUCCCUGGGGCAGAACCCCACGGAGGCGGAGCUGCAGGACAUGAUCAGCGAGGUGGACGCCGACCGCAGCGGCAACGUCGACCUGGAGGAGUUCCUCGGCCUGAUGGCGCGCACGCUGAAUGACAAGGAGUCCGAGGAGGAGCUGAUGGAGGCGUUCCGCGUGUUCGACAAGGACCAGAACGGCUUCAUCUCCGCCGCCGAGCUCCGGGGCGUCAUGGCCAACGUCGGCGAGCGGCUCACCGAGGAGGAGGUCGGCGAGAUGGUCCGCGAGGCCGACGUGGACGGCGACGGCCAGAUCAACUACGAGGAGUUCGUCAAGUGCAUGAUGGCCAAGAGGAGGAAGAAGAGGAUAGACGAGAAGAGGGAGCACGGCGGCGGCGGCGGCGGCAAGCAGUCCGACGCGACGGCGGGGAAGCGUGGCCAGAAGUGCGUGAUCCUGUGAUGGCUGGUGCGUACGUGCGAGCGUCUUGUCUGGUUGGGUCGAAGCGUCUGAUCUCCUCGAGGAAUGCAAGCGAUCGAGCGCCUGAGAGUCUCUGGAUCAGGUACAUCAGAUCAAUGUGUGGUUGUAAGAUGGCAAAAAAAAUUGAAGAGAAAUAACACUGGUCAGUGCGCUUAUGCGACCUUAGCCAUCGACUUAGCGAGUGAUGAACGAGGUUGUAUUUGUAAUCUUGUCUUAUUGUUUAUCCGCGUCUCAAGUGUGUGCCUUGUGUUGGAAUUAA